AUGGCACGCGACAAUGCCGUGCCGAUGGCGACAAGGCCCGCUCCGGUCCCCACGUCCAAGCUGCCCGCGUUUCUGCGCUUCCCGCUGCUCGUCGUCCUUGGUUUCGCCACGUCCAUGGCUCUGUACUCCGGCGCGAGCGAGUUCAUCGACCCGCAGCUGAGGGCCGUGUGUAGAAGCUCCAACGAGGACUACAAGGUCGCGUCGAGCAUCGCGUGGAGGCUGGCCGAGAUGGGGCUUGGCUGGUUUGCCAGUUACGAUGAUAUUGAUCUCAUCUCUUUCUCUCUCCUCACCCACUCGCCCUGGUACUACCUUCUCUACACCUUCUAUGACGUCCAGCCCGCGACCAUCGCCAUAUGCUUGAGCAUCGACGCCGCCUCGCUGGCCAUCCCCACGCGCCUGCUCCGCCCGCGCGCCCCGGCCCAUAACCCGCGCGCCGCCCCUGAGGCCGUUCCCAACCGUAGCAUCAUCAACGACUUCCAGACGGUGACCGCGACGUCGCUCCUCGGGUCGGCCAUCUACAGCGUCGUCCUGUCGGCUGCGUUCCUGACCUUCCUCCCCAGCUUCAUGGUGGUGCACUUCGAGGGGCUCGUCUCGCUGGUCCGCGCCCACGCUGCCUCACUCGUGACGCUCUUCAUCACGCUCGCCCCGCUCGGCUACGCCGCGCGUGAGUUCCUUCUCACUCCCAGCCUUAGCGCGCAGACGCACCGCGGCGACGCUGAGCACGAGGCGUUCAACCCUGAGACGGCGGGCCUGGUCGAGCACCUCAUGCACAACUUCUGGUGGGGCAGCAAGAAGACGCGCGUGCUCAUCAAGCGCACCGCGACGCUCGUCGUGUUUUCGUGGAUGCACUCGUUUGCGCACGCCGCUGGCGUCCUCGAGGGCGGCGAUGUCGUGGGCGCGGCGGGAUACUCUGGCGUCUGGGCGGCGGGGUCGCUGCUGAGCGGUCUGAUCUUCAGAUGGGUCGAGAAUGUGUGA